AUGACCACUCCAACCAUCAAGCUGAGUAGUGGCCAUGAGAUGCCCCAGGUUGGCUUUGGUCUAUGGAAGGUCGACAACAAGGUCUGCGCCGAUACUGUCUACAACGCCAUCAAGACCGGUUACAGGUUACUCGACGGAGCCUGUGACUACGGAAAUGAGAAGGAGUGCGGCGAAGGCGUCGCCCGCGCCAUUAAGGAAGGCAUCGUGAAGCGCGAGGAGCUCUUCAUCGUCUCCAAGCUUUGGCCCACGUUCAACGACCCAGAGCAGGUCGAGCCCGUGGUGAAGCGGCAGCUGUCGGACUGGGGCGUCGACUACUUCGACCUGUACCUGGUGCACUUCCCCGGCGCCCUCAAGUAUGUCGACCCGUCGGUCCGGUAUCCGCCGGGCUGGCACUACGACGGCAAGUCCCAGAUCGUGCGGUCGAAGACCACGAUCCAGGACACCUGGCGCGCGAUGGAAGGGUUGGUCGACGCCAAGCUCGCUAAGAGUAUCGGUAUCUCCAACUUCCAGGCCCAGCUCAUCUACGACAUGGUGCGGUAUGCACGCAUCCCGCCAGCCACGCUUCAGAUCGAGCAUCACCCAUACCUCGUGCAGCAGGAGCUGCUCAACCUGGCCAAGGAGGAGGGCAUCGCCGUGACGGCGUACAGCUCUUUCGGCCCAGCGAGUUUCCUGGAAUUCGGAUUCAAGCAUGCUGAGGCGUUGGUGCCGUUGAUGAAGGAUGACGUGAUCACCGAGAUUGCGAAGAAGCAUGGCAAGGAGCCCUCGCAGGUCUUGCUGCGCUGGGCAACGCAGCGUGGGCUGGCUGUUAUUCCCAAGACCAGCCGCGUUGAGAUCAUGUCGCAGAACCUGGAUGCGACGAGCUUUGAUUUGGACCAGGAGGACAUUGAUAAGAUCUCGGCCAAGGACGCUGGCCUCCGAUUCAACCAGCCCUCCAACUACUUCCCUACGCAGAAGAUGUGGAUCUUCGGUUGA